AUGUCUCUUCCUAACGUUGGCAGUACCCUUGACUCCAAUAUCCCACGUCCCGUCACCUACGCCGUUGUGUCUCUCCUUUCCGUCGCCCUAUACAACGUCUCGGAGCUAACGUUCCUCCUCUUCCUGACUUUCAAACGCCGCAAGGGACUAUAUUUCUGGAGUUUCUUUUUUGCGACAUGGGGCAUAGCAUUCUACGCUAUAGGCUUCAUUCUCAAAGACUUCCGACUUGCAACCUCUAUCCCUGCUUUCUACGUGACUCUGAUAGUUUUCGGCUGGUCUGCCAUGGUUACGGGCCAGUCAAUGGUCCUGUACUCUCGCCUCCAUCUGAUCCUACAUAAUCAAACCGUUCUGCGCCUAGUUCUGGGCAUGAUCAUCUUCAACGCCAUCGUCUUGCACAUUCCGACUAUAGUCUUGUGCUACGGUGCAAACUCUAUACAAUACCAGAACCAAUUCGCAUUCCCAUAUGCCGUGUACGAAAGGAUACAGGUUUCGAUUUUUUUCGCUCAAGAAUUCUUAAUCUCAAGCAUCUACAUGUAUGAGACCUGGAGGUUAUUGCGUACAGGAGGCGUAUUGGACCGGGAUCAUCAGCAGCCACGACGGAGGCUUAUGCUCCAUCUGAUGUACGUGAACGUCAUUGUGGUAUUAUUGGACACCGCAAUAUUGGUACUUCAGUUUACGGGCCGGUAUGCCUCGCAGACUGCAGCCAAGGGGUUGAUCUACAGUGUGAAACUGAAGCUGGAAUAUGAUAUUUUGAACCAGUUGGUGAAGUUUGCGCAGAGAGGAAGCGACCUCAGUUCUUCGCAUGAUUAUGGGGACGAGGCUUGUUUCACUGAGCACAGAGAGGGAAGACGAGACAGUCAUGUCGAUGUGGUGAAUCAUCGCCGGCGGUGUUCCUGUCCUUGGAAUAUCUUCGUUAGGAAGAGUGAGCGCGAAUUUGGUCGACCAGCUGAAAAUAGGCCAUGUCGAACGCUCACCGAACGAAGUGUUAUCCUGAGAAAAAUCCAGGACAUACAUAGCCGUACAGACUUCUAUUGGGCAAAGGAGAGGGGUACGCAAAACUAA